CCUGUCUUCUUGUCUUCUGGUAAUUUUGUGUCAAAGGUUCUCUACAGCAUUUGUGGAUAUUUCGGUACAGACCAAAUAUCAUUUUAUCAAGUGUUACAAAAGUUCAGGAAAGGAAAAUUGUGGUGUUGUCUAGAAUAUUUGUGAUACUGUGCGAUAAUCCGUUAUGUCGGUCGCUUUCGUACAGAGAGGUAGGCCACCUCCAAAUCCUGCACAGAUUCAAAAAAUGCUGGAUGAAAACUGCCAUCUCAUCCAAACAAUACAAGAAUACCAAAAUAAAGGAAAGGUCCAAGAAUGCAUGCAGUACCAGCAAAUGCUGCACAGGAACUUAGUCUAUCUUGCGUCGAUCGCAGACGCAAAUCAGAACAUCCAGCAGUUGCUACCGCCCCCGGGAAUGCACAUCCCCGCCGGGCCGGGGCAAGGGGGCCCGCCGGGGUCCGGGCCGCCGCCGGGCGGCGAGAUGCCCCCCAGCUCCCAGGGUCCCGUGGGCAGCUACAGCCAGCAGCAGGCUGGCUACAGGGGCCAGAUGAUGCCGGGGCAGCAGAGCAUGCCACAGCGUCCCAUGAACAGCAGCGGGCCACAGCAGUACAGAGGCGGGCCGCAGAACUACUCCCCUCAGCCGUCACAGCAAGGGUACCCGGGGCAGUAUGCCAACCAGAACCAGCCGUCCGGACAGACCUACAUUCCUCCUGUGCAAGGCCAGAGCCAGCAGUCAAACGCGUCUCAGCAGCCCGGAGGCUAUCCGAGCACAAACCAGGCCUCGAACUACGGCGGGCCUCCUUCGAGCCAGCCCCAGGGGUACGGUGGCCCGCCACCGUCACAGGCCGGGUACGGUCCUCCCCCCACGACCAGCAGUGGCCCGGUGUACGGAGGUCCCUCCCCCGCACAGCAGUCACCCGGGUACGGUGGUGGGGGCCCCGGGGGUCCCGCGCAACAGCCCGGGGGCUACGGACCACAGUCGCCGGCCCAGUCGUCCGGCUACCCGCCGCCCAGCGCCCAGGGCGGCUACGGGGGCCAGCCCGGCUACGGCAGCGCGGGCUCCCAGACGAGCUACGGUUCCGUGGUGCAGAGCGGCACCCAGACGGGCCAGCCCGGCGGCUACGGAGGUGGCUACCAGCCCCAGCAGGCGGGCGGGUACGGGGGCGGACCGGGACAACAAGGAGGCUACGUGCCCCCCACCUGCCAGGCCCAACCUCCCCAGCCCUCUUCCCAGCAGCCUACAGGGGGGUAUGCCGGCCAGCCGAGCCCAGGGCCCGCCGGAUACGGGACGCCCUCUGCUCCCUCGCAGGGUGCACCGCAGAGCUCGUACGCCCAGACGUCCGGCCCUAUCACCAUGGCUCCUUCUGCCUCGACACAGACGUACCCUCAAGGGCCGGGGGGUAACCCACCUUCUCAGAGCUACCCGCCAUCCACGCAGGCUGGGCCCACGUAUGCCUCGAGCCAACAGCAGCAACAACAGCAGCAGCAGCAGCAGCAACAGUCGCAACAGGCACCACCUCCUUCCUCCCAGACGCAGGCACCGCCCCAGUCUCAACCACAACCGCCUACACAGAACCACCAGAGCCACCCGCAGCACUCCCCUCAGCCUCAGUCGCAGCCGCCGCAGCCGUCCCAGCAGCAGGGCCCAUCGCCGGCGCCCGGGCAGACGGGCUUCCAGCCGCCCCAGCCAUCCCCGCAGGGCCCCCAGCCCGGCGGCUACGGUCUGCCCCCUCAGUCGCACCCGGCCACCACCCAGACCUACGUCCCUCCCCCGCAGGGCCAGCCCCAGAACUACAGCACCCAGCACGCCUACCCGGGCCACCCCCAGCAGGGGUACGGGCCUCCGCCCGGCCAGGGGGGCUACCCGCAGUACCCGCGCCCGUCCCAGGGCCAGUACGGCGGCUACGACCAGGGCAGGUUCCCGGGCUACCAGCCCCCUCCUCAGUAGCUUCUCUUUGUCUUCCUCUCGUACGUAGUUGUUUUAGAGCUAGCAUGUAUGUGUAAGGUUGAACAAGUUUCCUAUGUACGAUGUAGUCUUUGUGAGAUUAUUAAUAUUUCCCUAUAAUUUGCUGUUAGCGUUUUGUUUAGAACGAGUGACUGAAAUGUUGGUGUUCUGAAAUUAUGAAGUUUGUGCAACUACCUGGGAUGCUAAAAUAGUGCCAUGAACUUUUAUGCUGACUGCUAGCGAUCCUGUCCAUUGCUCGCCUUUAAGAUUUAACAUUUAAAAAAAUGAAGGUUUUUUUGUGAACAUCAUCCUCUUUUACUGGGUACGAAUAUUGUUACAGUGCAAACUGUAGUCAUAAAUAGGGACAUUUAUUUUCCCUAGAUUGAGAACACUGUAGUGUCCAUCAUCUGUGUUUCUUCCAGGUUCAUGUUUACUGUUGGUAGACAAAUCACAGUCAACAGAUGCGGAAGCAAACUUGUCCCGAGUGGCUCAGUCGUAUAAGGCAAUUGUUUCUUUUGCAGAUGGUCACCAUUUUUAGGGAAGAAAUUUCUGAUGUGGAUAUACCUUAUUUCAGUCUGAUGAGCAUCAAAAUUUUUUCGCAAAAAAAAUACAUGGCCCUGUUCAUAAUUUUUCAUAGAACUAGCACUAAAAAAUAUAUUAAAUGUACCAUGUAGACAAAUAAAAAAUGUAAAAAUCAAGAAAUGUAAUAUCUGUAGUUCACUACAAUAGGCAGGUGUUUUUGGGUGUGACUUAUACAUGCUACAAAAGAAGUGGAUCCUUAGUUAUAAUUAGAGGCACGAUUAUAUGUUAAUGCGCGAUAAAACUUAAUAACACCGAAAACCGCUUGAAAACACGAAAUAAAACGAAAUUGUGCGAAAUCCGCGAUAUGUCACCAAAAUUUCGUCUAUCCUGAUUAUUUACAUUUUUUCCCCAUUCUGUAAGGACAAUUCACUAUCUUCAGCACAAUCAAAUAUUUCUGACAGUAACUAGCAGCCAUAUAUAUUAUAUGCGACGGUGAUUCGUUAUAGAUUUUAAAAUUAAGUCUCGGAAUUAACGUAAUAUUUUCUUUAAACUGUAAUCUUGUGUACCAUAAUAAUUUAAGAUGUUGAUAACAAUGAUACAAUGGCCGCCGUUCACUUUCUGUAAAUACAAAAAUAACAAACGUCCAAAAUAUGUUUUUCUAAGAUUACGUUUUUAAUCAUUAAAAUAUUACACUAUAAAGCGCAUUGCUUUUACUGUUUAUUUAAAAUAAAGUACGUAGGGUACGAAAAUAAAAUUAACCCUGCUUAACGUAACGAUUGUAAAUAAUAAAUAGUACAUGUUUAUGUCAGUAUUCAUUUUCACGUACGUAUGUUGGUAUUCGGUAUGCGUUUGUAUUCGCAUCUAUUCUCCAUUGUUUUGAUAUUUUCAGCACGGAAAGUUUUUGCUUAUUAAGAGGUUAAAUUCUUACUAUGUGAUUAAAAUUUUUUGAUAAUGCCUAAAACGAAGGUUUUUGCCAGUGACCAAUCGAAAGAAUUUUCCAGCGAAGGAUUUUAUUUCAGUGAUAAAAUUUUAAUGUGCAAAUUCUGUAACUGCAGGCUAGACUACGAGAGACGCGAUACGCUUGUGAAACAUGUCGGGAGUGAGAAACAUAAGUGUUUGAGGCAAUACUCAUCUGUUAAACGACAUCCUUGUCUAAGAGUCUUUAAUGCCAUUAAUUUGCUGUUCAACCCAAGAAAUGUGAGUAGGGUUAGCAUAGAAGAUACAAACCUACAGAAGUCUGCAUAACUUUCAUUCUGUUUCCCAUCUUCCCAUUGAUACAUUCAUACAUUCAUACAUGGAUAUGUUGCUUUCAAAAAAAUAAUCGAGGAUGAACUUUCAUUGCCAUAAACAAGCCAAAUUGAUGUUGCAAAGGUACUUUGCUCCCUUAAAGGGGACUACAGUGAAUUUGCUCAAGUCAGUUUAAGGGCAAUCUGGUUCCCAACAUCAAAUGUUGAUGCAGAACGUUCAUUUUCCAGGUACUCACUGGUAGUUAGUGACAGAAGACAACGUCUCACUCCAGAAAAUGCGGAAAAUUUAACUAUGAUAGCAUUUCAAUAAAACCGUCUUAAUAGUAACUUUGGAAGUGCUUAACUGUGUAAUUUUGUAGUGUAUGUGAUUGUAAUUAAGUCGUGAAAUUUUUAUUAGGUAUUUAAAAGUUUGAAUUUAUGAAUUUGCAAAUGAACUUAAUUAUCUAUGAAUUUGCAAAUGAACUUAUUUGUGAUUAGAUCAUGAGGUUUUAGUGUUUAUCAAUAUUUGUUUUUAUAGAUUUGCAUGUCGUACAGAAAAUCAAGAAAAUUUUACCGUGGGUAUUUUGAGCAAAAAAAUUAAACCAUAUAACACCGAAAUCUUUAUUUCUUUACACCGAAAUUUGUCUUAAAAUAACACCACAAAAUCUUGACUCUAGUUAUAAUGCAAUAUGUUUGUUACUCACAAAAUACUUGAUCCCAAAAUUACUAUGGCCUUGUCUCGGUGGCCUUCUCUUUCCGGCAUGCUUCUGGUGGCAGUGUUUAGUACCAUGAUGCCAUUGACUUACCGGCACUGCACUAAGAACUUGGUCUUCACACAAUUUUUGAUUAGAUAGUAGAGGUUUCUUUGCAAUGACAAUACGGUAUGAGGGGAGUGAAAGCAAAUGAAGUUGGUUUAGUCCCUCCCACUUCUUUCCUGUGGCUGUUAGCGAAGGCAUCCCGUAUCCUCUCCUUCCAUGCUCCGUGACACCCUCACCUAUUGCCACAUUCUUCACGUUAUACAGGAUGUAUACAUUCUGGAAAGUCAAGUAAUUUACUUUAAAUCUUGGAAAAGUCAUGAAAAUUUUCCAGUGAUUUGAAAGUAAAAUGCCAACCUCCAGUCUGCUGUUACACAGACUCUGAAAGCAUUUUUUUUUUAGACAGUGUUUUGGUGCAUAGUGUAAUAGUCAUACACUGUAAAAUGGCGUUUAAAAUAUUCUGUUUGAAUUUAGCUAGCUAUGGUGAUGGUGGAGGCUACAUUUAUUUUAUUUCUUCCAGAAAAUUGUAAACUAUUUAGAAAAAGAUUUUCAGGGAAAUAUGUAAUUUUGGUCAAAAAAAAAGUUAGGGCAAGUUUGUUACAGAUUUGAGUGGACACUGUCAUACGUUUGCUUUGUGAACAAUAGCUUUAGUGGUGGAGCGGCAAUACUUUUUUUUUCUAACUGCACCGUGCAGUUUUCAAAGUGUGUGUGUAAUGGCAGCUGAAAGGUUUUCAAAAAUUCCUUAUAAAUUAAUAUCACUUUUACAGUCAAACUUUGGUUUUAAAAACACUGGUAAAUUUAGACCUCUCGUAAUAUUCAGGGAGUAUGCAGAGAGCGUGUUUCGAAAGUGCAAGUAUGGCUCUUUUUUUUUAUCAAAAAUAUAAAUACUUUAUUAUAACUGUAAGCAUGUUUACUACGCAUCACAAUAUCUCUAGGAUUUCAUACACGUAAACAAAGUAAAUUGUUUUAUGUUUUAAUUUGUGAAUAAAUAAAACACAUUCAACAUCAUUCCGUUGUGCAUUCUGUUUAUAAAUAUCACAGGUUGUAAUUUCUGCCUAAAACAUGCCUGCUUUAUAAAUAAGAGGAAAGAUUUUUUUCCCUUUCAAUUAUAACAAUUUUACAGUUAUAAACAUUUGAUUUAUGUUCUUUCUCUGCAUAAUUUUGAAACAAUACAAAAUCUUGGUAUCCAGAGUUGAAUGCAAGGUUCAAACAGAACUUAAAUUCAAGGAAUUAUAGACAGCUAAUAAUUAACAUUGCAUAAAUUGUUAAAGAAAUUUUUUUCAGAUAUAUUUAAAAACUGUACUUGUAUUCACCAUGAAUAUAUUUGAUACAUAGCUUAUUUAAAAUGACUGAAAUGUUUUAAAGUAUUCAACACCUUUAUUAGCUAAGGGCAUGGCACAUCAGUGUCAACUUGUUGCAUGCUGCAUUGCACAGGAAGACAGGAUGCUAGCAGACAGUCCGCAUUAAUGACUUGUGUAAACGACUCUACAGACUAAAGCAGUAGGAAGUUUUCUGUUGCUUUGUGAAUUGAAUUGACUUGGAAAUUGAAUCAUCUGUGGUAUUAUUGUGAUGUUUGCUGGUCAACGUGUGUGGGUCUCCUGGGUUGAGACAAAGAACUUUGGUGAAAAUAAUAAAUACUCUUUUGUUUGUGUAACGUUUGUAACUAAAUAGUGUUUAAGGUUAAAGUGAUGAAAUCUGUGCUGCUGUUAUUUAAUUUGCUAGUAGUACAUAUGUUGGUGAUGAGAUUUUUUUAUACCUGUCAUUUGGUAAAGUAGUUUAGGUAAUUCUUAGCAGUAUAGGUAUAGUGUUCUUUACUUUCUCCAGUUAUGUAAAUGUGAGAUUGUAACUAAGUGUACCAAUCGUAACUUAUUAUUAUUAUGCAUCAUAGUUACUGAAAAAAUUCUUAUCAAUGUAAAUAUUGACACAUUUAUAGUGAUGUGCAACUUUUAUUUGAUUUUUUUUUUUUUGUAAUUUAAAAAAAAGUUUUUUGCCUGUAAAAAAUACUGUGUUAGUAGAAUAUUUAAAAGCAUUAUGAAAUUAAUUUCUUUCAUAUUUAACUACUUGCAGUAGUGAUAUAUAGUUAAGUGGAUCAAUUACUUAUGAUUUUGUUACACCAAGUAUCAGUGUUUUCCGUUCAUCACUCAGUAAGGAAUGGUGGUGUAAUUGCAUAGGUUGGUAAUGCAUAGUAAGUUAACUUCAAAAAAUUAGUUUCAGCUAUCCCUUUUGGAAGGCAAGUUUGAAGGUCUGUACACUUAGCGACUGACUGGUGAGUGUAAGAGAUGAAUCACAGUAGAUUAGGCCAGAAAGUUAUAUGUAGGGCUGUGUGGAAUUCCCAAAUUUGGAAUGGUAAGGGAAAUAUAUUUAUAUGUUUUGAAAUUGUGUAUUUUUCCGCAUUAUUUACAUGGUGUGUGUUUAAUUUUCUGCUAUAUCCAGCUACGUAAAUUUAGAGAAGACAAAAAAUAUGUACUGUGUUUUAUUGCACAAUCGCCGCACAUUUUUUGUAGAAAUCAUGUUCGAAAAGUAGGGGUGUGACUUUUAUAAAAAAAAAUAAUAAUUUUUUGUUAGGUGAAGUUAUUCAUAAAAACAAAUCCUAUUCAUGAAAAGUAGAGUAUACAAAAACACGUCAAAUAAUUAAAAUUAAUAAGUCUUGAAACAAUAACAUUUUGUUAAACUUUAAUUAGAAAAACUAAAACCGUGAGCCGGAACUAACUCAUAACUAUCGUCGUAGAGCAUACUUAACGUGAAAGAGUGCGGGUUAUCAAAUGUAGUUAACUCGCAACUAGACACAGCGUGCGCGUUGCAUGCAUCGGUGAGAUCUAGAUAUUCGACUGUGUGUGCGCACUCUACAUGGGAAUCAACAUAACCAAACAUGAAUGAUGCUAACUAGCGCUAGCUACAUUUCUAUAAGCACUACGCAGCGGCGACAGUGAUGAAUUUAUAAAGGUUAUAACAAUUGAAAACUUCUUUAAAAGAGAAUUUACACAUUAGUCAACUUUGUAUUUCUGUUAAUUAAAUAAGUAAGCAGUAAUAUCCAAAUGAAUAUUAUAUUUCAACUUUAAAAUACAUUGUUUUAUUCGGGAAAACUGCCAACACAAAGAAAAAACAAUUUUUUUCUCCAAAUUUUGAUGCCCUACAAUAGUGUUGCGACGAUGAUCGUGAUAAAACGUGGUACAGUGAAAGCCAUGUUUAAAAUCUUGGUUCUAGCAAUAAGCCAACUUAAAGGUUGAAGGUGAGUUCAAAUCUUGGUCUCUACUAUUGAACCCCUUUCUUAUACCUGGUCUUCCCAGAGGUAAAAUUAGAACUUUUUCCUGCUGUCACAAUAAACUAUGAACUAUAAAAGUAAAAGAAAAAACUAAUUACCUAUUCCUGAAAUAAUUUCUUGCAAUGCUUUUGUAUUCCAUUUUGUUAAAACUCAGGUGGAGGUAAAAUGUACAUAAGGGGAGAGUGUAUAAACUGUAAAUGCUGUGCAUAUUUUUUUAUAAGGUGUUUUUCUUUCUAUCUAAAACUCAGUACUGUAGUUUGUGCUUGCUUCCAAAAUGUCUUGCCAAUUGAAUGUCGGUUGGUUUUAAUGUAGAUUUUUGUAUAUCUAGUGUACAUUGCAUAAUUUACUUUUACUGUACUUGAUAAGACUUUCUAUGAUGGUUAUGGCCUCUGGUUGGUAAACAACGAACUUUACAUUGGUGUAGAGUAAUCACUAAAGACUGCUUGUAAGCAAAUACAAUCAUGCCAUUGCUGUAAUGUGGCUAACAUCAGUGAAAGGUCUUAAAUCAGACACGUUCAUAAACACUGCUGUGCCGUAUUAUCCAACUGUAAAUUUUAACGGGAAUAUCAAAGAAAAAUUAAUAUACAGUAAAAUGGUAUUCAAAAAAUUUAUAAUCUGUUUUUUAGAAAGGAAAAUACAUAUGAGCAUCGAUCUUAAAAAAUCAUAAAAAUGUACCAGUGUAAUGUGAAUUGCAAUCUGCUAGGAAACAGAAAACCCAUCUGGAAUGGAAACUGACAGUUACUAUAAACACUGAUAAAACUAAGGUCAGCAUCCGGGAUCCCAAGGAAAAAUCUGAACACAAGCGGCGGCUUAGUUGAAGCUUUGAAUAUAUAUACUGUAUAGAAGUCGCGAGUGGAUAGGAUUUACUCUACGUUUUUCAGGAGCGUAUGAUGAGCAGCUUGGGAACUUCACCGCUGCAGGGCGCUGCUGUAACACCCUGUAUCGUCUUAGUUGUUAUUUACACGUUAGAGCGCAGCACUGUCGCCCGCUGUAAUUCCCCCGCACCCCCCAUCCAACAUUCACUGCAGCUCAAGGUCGUUCAACUGGAGUUUGUGCGUCACAAAACUGUAGGGAUGAGAGGUGGGGUAGAGGGUGGGUGGAGGACAAAGCAUGUUUG